AUGUGGCUGGCUCGCUUGGCAUUGCGAUCUAAUUAUUCAACGCAAAUGACAGCAAAGCGACAAAUAACUUCUUCAACGAAAAAUCAAGAGAAGUGGAGAGCUAAAUGGAACAAUUUUACUGAAAAGAUUGAUUUCUGGAAAUGUAAUGGUGAUGGUUUAUGGGGGAUCAAUCAGGACUUGAGUUUCUUCAUUGAUGUGUAUUUCCUAUGGCGUUACAGUUGCACCUACGAUGUGACUAUUCAACAUUUAGUGAAAAGAAUUCAGGGUACCGGUUGGAAAGGUGGCAAUCAGUUCCUGUGGUAUGCAAUUGAAAAUCGAUUUAGUCAUGAAUGUGCAUAUGC